CAUCAAUCAAUAUUUCUGAGUCGUGUUUCAUACUACUACUACUACUACUAUACCACACUUGACACUUGGUGGGUAACCUAGGUCAUAUCCGGAUUCAUCUCUAGUCGGGUGCUCAGCUCAGCUAUGCGGAGGUCGAGGGUUUCUCAGCAAGAUUGGACUCCGUCCUCCUCCGCCCUCCCCAGAACGAUGGUUGAGGCUGCACUUGUUGACCAAAAGAUUGAAGGUGAUAUCAUUGACCAAAAGAUCGAAGGUGAUACCAGGGGCAUAAACUUGGCAGUAACAGGGAUAUCGAGGUGGAGCCCAUAUGUCUUAACAGCAUAACAAUUCGAGGUGGACGGUACAUAUAUUCGCUUGAAUUUUCGUACAAUGACGAACACGGAUUGGAACACCAUGCAGGCCCAUGGGGAGUUUGCGAUUACUUAACUGAUGGCAUCCUUAGUACGAUUGAUCUUGGAGAAGCAGAGUUUCUGACGGGGAUUUCCGGAACAAUUAAUUCUUCUAACCAAUAUGCAAGCAAAAUUAUAAAUUCACUUACGCUUAUCACCAAUGUCCGUAAUUAUGGACCUUUUGGAGGAGUAGGAGGAACUCAUUUUUGUAGUCCGCUCAUGGGCAACGCUAGUAUUGUUGGCUUCUUUGGCCGUUCUGGACAUGUUGUUGAUGCAAUCGGCCUCUAUGUGAACCUUGCGAGAGGACCAAUGGAGAAACAGGAUUUGAUUACCAAGGUUGGUCUAUGGGGAGGUAAUUCAGGGCAGGCGCAUGACUUGGACGUGGUACCACGACGUUUGAUAAGCGUGGUAGUUCGUAGUGGCGAGGUAAUUGAUUCACUCAAGUUUACGUACAGCGACUGCGAUGGACAUCAGCACACUGCUGGUCCGUGGGGAGGAUCGGAUGCAUCUCAGAGUAUGAACAAUCAUAUGAUUCUGCUUGGCCGUUCAGAGGUAGUGAAGGAAGUUUCUGGAACAAUUGGUCCGAAUUCCUCUGUUCCAGAUUUUGUAUCGUCACUUUUGCUCGCCACCAAUACUUCGAGCCAUGGACCUUUUGGAGAAGGGAGGGGGAUUCCUUUCCGCAUUCCGGUGCAGGAUAAUGAUAGCAUCGUUGGCUUUUUUGCCCAGGCUGAGAAGCAUAUUAACGCAAUUGGUUUCUAUCUCGAAUCAAUGGAAAUCAAGGACAAUGAUGGACCUCCAUGUGCCAACACAAAGUUAGAAGGUGAUAUAAAGGAGCCAUAUAUGACAUGUAUUACGAAGAUUGGGCCGUGGGGAGCUAAUAAUCACAACUAUAAGGACAUCGAGGUGGCACCUCUAUGUUUGAACAGCAUCACAAUCCGUAGUGGAGACGUUGUAUUUUCACUUGCCUUUUCGUACAGUGACAACAACGGCAAGCAGCACCAUGCAGGUCCAUGGGGAGCUUCGGCAGGCUUUUCUUAUGGGAGCUUUGAUACAAUUCUGUUAGGACCCUCUGAGUUUCUGGCCGAAGUUUCUGGAACAACUGGUUCCUCUACGCAAUAUUCUUCUGACGUUGUAACAUCCGUUAUGUUUAUUACCAAUGCUCGUCGGUAUGGACCUUUUGGAGGAGGAGGAGGAAUUCCUUUUCACAGUCCAGUGCUAAGCAAUGGCAGCAUCGUUAGCUUCUUCGCUAAUACUGGGAGGGUGGUCGACGCAAUUGGUGUAUAUGUGAAGCCAAAUGACAGGGGAUCAACGAAAGAACAGGACCCGGUUACAAAAAUUGGGCCAUGGGGUGGUGGUUCAGGGAGGCCUAGUGACGUGGAUGUGUUGCCACGACGUCUGAUAAGCGUGGUCAUUCAUAGCGGUAGGGUAAUCAAUUCACUUAUGUUUACAUAUAGUGAUUGCGAUGGUCAACAACACUCCGGUGGUCCAUGGGGAGGGACGGCUAAUCCUCUAGAAGGGAGCUCUCACACGAUUCUCCUUGGCCAGUCAGAUUUCUUGAUGGAAGUUUCUGGAACAGUAGGCUGGAACUCGGAAAACUCAGAUGUUGUAACAUCACUUUACUUUGUCACCAAUACCGGUAGCUACGGACCAUAUGGAAAUGGAGGCGGGACUCGUUUUCGAAGUCCGCUAAGAGCAAUGGUAGUAUUGUCGGCUUCUUUGCCAAUGCUGGAGACGUGAUUGACGCAAUCGGUAUCUAUUUUAGCCCAGAGAGGGAUACAAU